GGCAGCAGCCCGGAGCCAGGAAGGGGCGGCUGGAGCCUGGGCAGGGCCAGCGGCGGCAGCCAAGGAGUUAACUUCCCAGCCUCACCGCAUGAAUCUGGAGCUAUUAAUACUCGCACGCUGGUUUAGCUGUCAGAGCGAGCGGCUGCUCUGCCGGUGAGACAAGCCCCGCGGAGCUGCAGCUCGCCGACCACACAACUUUCCUCUGCGAGCGUGCGGGGCUGCGAGCGUGCAGGGCUACCGGCCCAGCUACCUGCCUGCUGGACCCUGCCGGACCCUGACGGACCCUGCCAGACCCUACCGGACCCUACCGGACCCUGCCAGACCCUACUGGACCCUGCCAAACCCUGCCAGAUUCUGCCAGACCCUACCAGACCCUGCUAGACCCUACUGGACCCUGCCAAACCCUGCCAGAUCCUGCAGGACCCCACCAAACCCCGCCGGACCCCACCUGCUGCAAGCCCCCGUGCAGGGGACACUUUUCCCCCCGGAGUGCUCCCGUCCUCUCUGCCCACCACCCUCCAGUGCCACAUGGGUGCUGGGUGCCGGAGAGGGGCAGCAACUUUCCCCGGCCUCUGAAGCAUCGCGGGGCUUGGCCGGGACCUCCUUCUGCCCUGCCAGACCCCUCGGCCUGGGCGAUGCCACCCCAAGUCCCCACUCUCACCCCCUGAGGACCGGUGCUGCCUCUGGCCGUGCUGCGCGAUGGGUGCCGGGGUGGCAUUGGGCAUCACCGGCCCCGGAGCGAGGGCGACGCGGGACACAGCACAGCCCUGUGCUGCCUCCAUGUGCGGUGAGCAGCCGGCCCCAGCGCUCAGCCCGGCCGUCUGAAGGGCUCCCCGACACCAUGGCCCCGGGCAGGCAAGCGUGAGCCUCCUGCCACCGGCAGCACUGGUGAGGGGGAGGAAGAUGCCAACACGCCUCCAGUGCUGCCUGGCCUGCGGUCCCCCUCGCCCGGGCACGGUGGCCACCGGAGCCGAGCGAUGGAUUCCUUUUGCUUCGUCUGUUUCCAGAAAGAGGAGCUGCAGCCCCUGCACCUGCACAGCGCAGCCAUGAGCGCGGGUUCGAUUGAGCAAGAGCCGUCGCGCAAGCUGGCCUGCUGCGGGGUGCCCCUCAUCACGGAGGACAUGCAGUCCCUGGCCAUCCGCACCCUCUCGGGCACCGACAUCAGCAAGCACUACGACCUCAUCCGCGAGCUCGGCAAGGGCACCUACGGCAAGGUGGACCUGGUGUCCCACAAAAGCACAGGCACCAAGAUGGCCCUGAAGUUCGUCAACAAGAGCAAGACGAAGCUGAAGAACUUCCUGCGGGAGUUCAGCAUCACCAACACGCUCUCCUCCAGCCCCUUCAUCAUCAAGGUCUUCGACGUGGUCUUCGAGACUGAGGACUGCUACGUCUUUGCUCAGGAGUAUGCCCCCGGCGGGGACCUCUUCGACAUCAUCCCGCCACAGGUGGGGCUCCCCGAGGAGCUGGUGAAGCGCUGUGUGCAGCAGCUGGGCCUGGCCCUCGACUACAUGCACAGCAAGAGCCUGGUGCACCGGGACAUCAAACCGGAGAACGUCCUGCUCUUCGACCGCGACUGCCGCCGCGUCAAACUGGCCGACUUCGGCAUGACCCGCAAGGUGGGCUGCCGGGUCAAGCGCAUCAGCGGCACCAUCCCCUACACGGCGCCCGAGGUCUGCCAAGCCGGCCGGGCAGAGGGUUUCGCCGUGGACACCAGCAUCGACGUCUGGGCUUUCGGGGUGCUCAUCUUCUGCGUCCUCACCGGUAACUUCCCCUGGGAGGCGGCGGCGGCUUCCGACGCCUUCUUCGAGGAGUUUGUGCGGUGGCAGAAGGGGCGGCUGGGGGGGCUGCCCUCGCAGUGGCGGCGCUUCACGGACAGUGCCCUGCGCAUGUUCCAGCGCCUGCUGGCCCUCGACCCGGAGAAACGCUGUCCCGUCAAGGAGGUUUUCUACUUCAUCAAAUGCGACCUGAUGGCCGAGGUGCGGCGCCGACCCUCCUACCGCUCCCGCAAGCACGCCGGGGACAAGCUCCCGGCCGGUCCCCAUCGUCACGAGGCGGCCGGCUCCUGCACCCCGGCCCCGCUCAAGAGGACCGUCCUGACCGAAGGGAGCGGCCCCCGCGGCCCCGAGCCGAGCGCGGCCCCCCCGGGGACGGCCAGCAGGACAGACGGACGGCAGGAUAAAGGCAAAGGGCAGAUGGUCCUGGCCACAGCAAUAGAGAUCUGCGUCUGAUGGCGCCGGGGCGGCACGCGGUAGCCGCCCGUCCUGUCCCCCCUCCCCGGGGACAAGGAUGGGGCUGGGGAGCGUGUUGCUCGUGGUGAUGGCAUGAGCCGGGACCAGGCUCCGGGUCUCCCAAAGCAAAAAAAAAAAAAAAAAAAAAAAAAAAAAAAGAAAAGAAAAAGAAAACAAAAGUGAAGAGGAAAAGGACAAAACUGGUUGCGCUCCGUAGCGCCGAGGAUGCUGAACCGCCCCCCCCUGCCGGGGUGAGGGCACCGCUCGGCGCCGGGGAGGACAUUGGUGCCCCCUCCGAGGCUCCCCCCAUGUUGGCAUGGGGAGGGGGCUCCCCGUACGAGGAGGAAGAGCCGGGAGGGGCUCUGCGUGGGUGGGGGUCACCCCCGAGGGGUGGGAGGGGUCUGGGGCAGCCAGUGCCCAUCGGCUCCCCCCGACCCCGUGCUUGCCCCCCGGCCGGGGCGCGAGAAGGCCGAUGACCCCGCACGGUGGAGGAGGCCUUUGGGGAGGUUUGGGUGGGUGGCGAUUUGCCCCCUUCCACCCGUCCCUGCCCCGCUGGUGGGGGGCGGGAGGGGAUGGGGAGGUGGGCGCUGGGUUGGUGAUGGGGGAACCUGGGGGUCGCUGGCAACCCGGGACCCCCGGCCUCCCCGGCUGCCUCCCUGCCGUGGGAGGUGCUGGCAGCCAUCGAUGUAGCAAGUGUCCCUGUCUGUGUGUCGUCGUGCGUCCCAGCCGCUGGCAGCCCCUGUGUCCCCUUGCCUUGCCCCGCUGGGUGGCCGCACGCUGGCCCCAGACCCCCGGCCGGAGGGACCUGUCCCCUCCCAGCCGGGAGCUGCGCUCCGGGCUCCGGUGGUGGCUGUGGUGCUGGCUGUCCGGCGGGUGGGAUGCUGGGGGCCAGGCUGGCUCUGCUGUGGUGGCGUCCCCUUGUCCCCUCUGCAGACUUUUUUGUACCCAGGGACUGGAAACGGUGGCACAUCUCCAGGGCAGGACCUGGGGAGCAGGGGAGGGGGCGUGCGGUGGUGUCCUGAAGGUCCCCAGGGCUCCCUGCGCUGUCCCCAUCGCCCUCUUUGCUGUCACCCCUUCCCCGAAGCCCGGUUCCCCUCCCCUGGGGCCGGCGGGGAGGAGGCAGCGGGGUAAAUCCCCCCCCCCCCGGGGCUGGCUGCAGCGAGGCGGGGCGGGGGGGGGGUGGCAGGAGCCACUGGUGGCCCCUUCGUGACGAGGCCGUUAUUGGGGGUGUCAAACCCUCCUGGUUUCGGGCACCCAGGGCAGUGGGGAGGGGCUGGGGGGGCACCCCAAGGUGGCAGCACCCAAGCCCUGGCACGGUUCGGGCUUCCCUCCCACGGGGUGGGUGCCGUGGCGACAUCCCCCCCCCUCAAAUCCCUCUCCCCCCCCCCCCCCAAUUCCCGCACAAAGGGCUAUAACGCUAUUCAGCAGCAGCAGCAGCAGUUUACACAGCAGGCGGGUGCCCGGCCGGACCCCCCCCGCCACCGCCGCUGCCCCCCGACCCCGCCCCCACGGCACCCACCCCCCCACCCCCCCCCCCCGCCCGCGGUGCCGGGGCCGAGGGCCGGUUUUAGAAGUAGCAUCGCCCCGAUGUAGAGACGCUAGGCGCCGGUUUUUUCUCCUUUUUGCCUUAGGUCCCUCCAUGUCCUCGAUCUUUCGUGCAAUAAUGUAGAUAAGGGAUCCCCGCCGCCCCCCCCCUCCCUUCCCGGGGAGGGCCCGGUUGUACCUUUCCCGGGUGGUCUGUCCCGCUGCGGGGGGGGGGGGGGGGAUGCGGGGGGGGGGGGGUGCCCGGGUGUGAUUUCUGUUCCCGUCGAGGUCGCUGUGUCGGUAGGUUGUCGGGUUUUUAAUUUCCAGUUCCCUCGGCUGUCGGGUUCCGGACCUUCUUCCCGUAGGAGAGGCUGUAGUGUCACAGACGUUACCUCAGUUUGUCACUGUCGAAAAAGGAUUAAAAAAAAAACAAAAA